UAGUUUCCAAGGAGUUUGUCAGUCCCAAGAUAUUGUCAACAUUGUCAAUAUUAAAUGAGAAACGACUCAUAUUCCGAACUGAUUCGAGUAUGGCAUUCAUAUGGAUGAAUAUCGCUAAACGAUUUGCGUUUCGAUCGACCGGGCGUAAUUUCUCCAGCAAAGUAACAUUAGGAGACCCUAUAGAGCAUGCCACCGGACUCGAAAAACGUGAACUUCUGGCUAAACUGGCAGGAAAUGAUGAUCCGUUUGAUGCCAAUAAAGUGUUCAAAAGGGGUGCGGGUACGAAAGCUCAACCUAACGAGAUUCCGUCAGCUUUUGAUGCCAGAUUGGUUGGUUGCGUUUGCGAGGAAGGAUCGACCAGUAUAAAUUGGAUGUGGCUGCAUAAAGGGGAACCAAAGAGAUGCGAAUGCGGCAACUGGUUUACGUUGGUACACAAAGCUCCGGUAUAAAUUGCGUUGAUUUAUUGUAACCGAUUCAGAAAAUAAAUGUUCUUGUUUAAACUCUCAA